AGUGACGGUUACUUUUGAAAGCUGUGACACUUAUUGUUAUGUCAAAAAUUAGUUAAAGAAUUCAUUUUAUCCAUGUUUUCCUUGAAAUUCUAAAAUUUCUAAAUCAUUUUAGCUGAUAUUUAUGCAAGUUACAGUGUGGUCGUUACUUUUGCUUGGUCUAUAUCAAUAACUGCAUGUGCAGUGUAAAAAAAUAAUUGUACGCUAUUGAAAAAACACCCAUACAAUUUCCUAGAAAGCCAACUUUCGCCAUACGAGGGAUUCACAAGUUUAUUGACAUCCCUAUUGAAAACCAGUGAAUCUAAAGUGGAAGAGAAAAAUUGCACUCCGAGAAAAUCGGUUUGACUAAAAAUUGGUUAAAACUUAUUAUAUUUAAGGGAUGAAAAACUAAUAAACUGAUUUUAAAAGGAUAAAGACUAAAGUGUGAUACAGAAGUAAAAGUAUCAUUAAUCAUUGCAUCACCACCGCGUCGACUUUACUUCUCUGACAAUGACACAAAAAAUGCCACAAGAAUCUCACAUGGAAGAAUAUAUGAGCAUAAGAAUGUGACACAUAUUGCACCAGUGUCCACAGAUUGUCAAAAGUUCGUGGUCAAUACUCAAAAAUUUCUCCAAAAUCGGGACAAUACUCGGCAGACAUCACCGGCGAGUGUUGGGAGUGAUCAUAUUUCGAAUUCAUGUGGCCUUUGUGUCUUUAUGCCUGUUGUCUGCACGAAACGCAACAAUGUGUCGUGCGAGCGUGAGUGUUCAGCAAUAAUAAUUGACGAUCAUCCACCAGAAAAGGCUCCAAAUCAUAUUUAUUCCUUUAAUACAUUGGAACCUACAACAGUCGGUGUAAACAAAUUUUUGCCACAGUGUGAGAAUCAAAGUAUGGACAAAAGUGUGGAUUCCAUCGGGAGCUGCUCAUUAGAUGUUGAUGCCGAAUCGACUGAUUUUUCAGACACAUCUGGAAGUUUCAAUUUACUCACACCAUCAAGCGCUAAAGAUUUUCCACGGGAAUUCAUUACGCGUAUCCACGAGAGAAGUCAGUGCCCACCGUUGCAGUUUCGUCAACAAACAUCUAUAGUCCUGGAUUUACAGUCGGGAAGGGUUAAUACAAUAUUGUCUGGAGAGCGACAACAGGUAAUCGUGGAGAAACCUCCCUCCCCAGAAGAGGAACCUAAAAAACCCAGCUACCUAAAUUUGGCGUGCUGUGUCAAUGGGUAUUCGUAUUUGACAACAUAUGAUUCAAAAGUGAGGCAGAACAUCAAUAAAUCCAGAGAGGUGUCACCCAUUAGACCUAUUACUGUUGCUUCCUUACAAACUUACUCCAAGUUGGAUUCUAGUGGUGUUAAACGUCUGUUAUUACCAACACAAGUAGCUAUGUUUAAGCAAUCUGGCGAUUCUGUUGAUAGCCACAAGUCGUUAAUGUCCCCCGAAAAACGACUCUUUACGCAACACAUGAUAACCACGGAAACUAAUGGGACCGUUGGUGAUACUACUGACAAUGCCAAACACUAUCGAACUACAAAGUACAUUCACCCAAUGCCGUCAACUCAACCACUGAAAAUGGUUAUGGACAAUGGUGGAACACAGAAUCAAUAUAAGACAGGAAGUAUAGCACAACAUGUAGAAAGACUUUUUGGACCAGGAGCUUUAGCUCAAGGGUUCCACACAAAUCGACGUUCAAUGGAGAAUGGCCAAAUGGCGGUGCUUACGGAAAAAUCAAUGAACUCGCGAAAUUUCUUUUCGCCUGUCAUAAAAGUGAAUAACAAGGAGCCAAUUGAAAAAGGAAGUGCACAAGAAAUAGGAAGUACGAUGAAUGCAGAUGGGAUGGAGAAUUUGAAAGAAUUAGAAAUUGCUCUACCAGUUCUAAGGCACCUGAGACCAGAAUUUAGGGAGCAAUUGCCAAUUUGUUCAUCACCACGACGCUAUAUUCCUCCUGCGAGAGACAAUCUCAGUAGUACACAGUUGACAAAUGGAAAACGCAAUCAUCUUAUAGAAAGAAAUCAUAAUAACCAGACAUUAUUUAACGGAAAACAAGUGUUAAAAGCUGAGGAAAUGCCACAUAAGUUCUUUGAGGAAAAGAUUGGAGAUUCUGAGGAAUCCAUGAAAGAGGAAGAUGGGCCGCAGAAAAAGAAUAAUAAAGAUGGUAAUUAUUUUCUGGAUGUACUGGCAAAAGACAAGACAAGGAUCUUAAAUUUGGCUGAUAAAGUGGAUGGAUACAUGGAGCUUAUUGAUGGUAAGGAUGAUACAGAAGAAAUAAUUGGAUACCUAAGAGCUGCGUCGGGAAAAGCAAGACUUUUAGCAGCACAGAAAAUGAAGCAAUUCGAAGGACUCUGCAACAGCAACUUGAAUCAAAAACCAGAUGAAAAAUUCCAAACGACAUCCGAUGAUCUUCAAGGAUUCUGGGACAUGGUGAUGCUCCAAGUAAACCACGUAGACUCUCUCUUUGACGAGAUUGAAACACUCAAAUCAAACAAUUGGAAGCAGAAAGCUGCUAAGGCUGCAGUACCACCACAAGGAGCCAAAUUGACUAAAAGACCUCUAUCAUCGAAAAGUAAUACCUCAUCUGAACAAUCUCAGACCUCAAAGAAGUCUGUUGCAGGAACUUUGGCUGCUCAGAAGCGAGAAGCACAACGUCAGCAACUUAUGGAACUGAAACGAAAAAAUCGAAUGGUUUUGAAUCAAACACAGAAUAGCGACAGUGCUGAUAUAACAGAAUGCAAAAAUAUGAAUAAGAUGUGAGAUCACAAAUACUCUUUACUACCCUCUUUCUCGAAUUGUAAAUCCUUAUAAGUUUUAAAAAUCUUUCCCAGUUGAUUAACUCUCUUUUAUACAAUUAGUCCGAAUAUUAAUUUAUUAAACUUGUUUUCAAAAAUUAGAUAACGUAAAACAUAAAGAUAAAAAUUAGGAUGUGUAACAAAAGACUUUUUUUUUCUCAAAAUUCGGCAGUAAGAAUUUCAAAAUUGUAUUGUUUAAAUUAAAUUAUCGGUUCAAUUAUCAAAAAAUAUUACAUUUUAUAUUUAUUAUAUCACAUAAAUGGAAAUACCUACAUAAUGUUUUGGAUUGUAAAGUAAAGCAAGUGAAAUUGCAUAUACUAUAGUUAAGCCAUCACAUAAAUUACCAAAAAAAUUGAAUCGUAACAUAAUUCUUAUGCAGAUCAUAAUUUUCUCCAAAAAAUAAAUGAAGUGAAAACAUGAAAAAAAUGAGACAAAACAAAUAUUAAGUCUAUUAAGUAUUCCAGUAUGGAUGUAUAAAUAGGGCCAAGUUUUUCGGAUUUAUUUUUUUUAAUUAACUUAAAGAUACGUUUAGCUAAGAACAUAACAAAUUCAAAUUUCUAAUAAACAAAAAUAUCUUCAUAAAAAAAGGUUAGUUAAUAUUUAUGGAUAAGUCAACUUUUUCGAGACGGAUGAGCCUAACUGCUCCUUAGUAUGAAAUUCCGCUAUUCGCACCUUCAUAACAUCUCCAUAAAAAAAAUGAUCAGCUUCAAAUGUUUGCUAACACGUGAUUGGAGGAUCUGGUGCACUAGUAUAAAAAAUAAUUUAAUUUCCUACAUUUUUUCAUCUAUUGUAUAUAAAUCAAAUGAAGCUAAUAAAGAUCAUUAUGACUUGGCUCUAUUUAUCGAUCAUUACUGUAUACUUAAUAUUUACAAAACUUUUACAUUUUUCUUGUUAAUUUCUUAUGAUGUUCCAAUUGAAUUUCUUUUAUAAUUUAAUCAUAACAAAAAAAUACCUUCUAUUCUAUAUGUUUCAAUUGGAAUUAAACCCAAUUUCACUUUUUUAUUUGAAUGCCAACGAGUGGUUUAAAUCCAUUAUGAUUUUUCGCUGUAACCAAUUUUUUUUUUUCAGUAUGUGUAUGCUGACUUAGAUAUGAAAAUAAUACGUUGAAGAUUAAAGAUAAGAGAAGUCAAUGGAAUGUU